ACACGUAGAGUUGUAAUGUCGUGUUUUCGCCACAUAGUGUCGCUGUUGCACAAUGUUGUGUGCUCCCUUAUCGCCAGUUGGUUGGUGUCGCUGGUGCAUGAAGCCCCACAUUGGCGGUGCGAAACUAUUAGUGAGCGGUUGUUUAAAACCGAGGGAAAAGUUGGAUUGAAAUAAUAGUGAAUGCAGAUCCAUCAUGCUGCACAGGAGACCCUAAGGAUUAGAUUUUGGAAGUACACCUGGAUUACUUUUAAGGCGAUUUUUUUUUUUUUUAAACACUUGGUUGUUUCAAACCAGGUUUUUUUUAACCUGAGGAAUUAAAGCUCAAGAAGAGGGACAUGGCGAGUGAGAGGAAGCCGAGGCUUUGUGUCAUGACAAAAGGGGACAAAGGCUAUGGAUUUCACUUGCACGGCGAAAAGGGCAAGACUGGACAGUAUAUCCGCAAAGUGGAGCCCGACUCGCCUGCGGAGGAGGCUGGCUUGCGCGCAGGGGACCGGGUGGUCGCCGUGAACGGUGUGAACGUGGAGAGAGAAACGCACCACCAGGUGGUACAGCGGAUCAAGGCUGUGGACAAAGUGACCAGAUUACUGGUGGUGGACCAAGAGACGCACGAAUGUCUCCGCAACCUGCGCCUCACGCCCACAGAGGAGAUGGCCGUCCCCGGGGCGGAGCCGCCUCCCCCGUUCACUCCUCCGCCACCGCCCCAGUCCACUCCUAGCCCAUCGCCUUCGGUACCGUCCUCACCUGGCAAGAAGAAGCGGGAGAACGGUUCGGUGUCGUUGCAGUCCAUGUUGCAGAGGAGUCAGAGUUGUCAGGCGCAGAAGCCGACCGGGAGGAUAACGUCGCCAGCGGUGAAGAAGGCGGUGCAGACACAGGUGGAAGAAGCCCCCACAACCACCCACCAAGCCCGGUCGAGGCUCCACGGCGACCCCACAGAGUUUGCUCCCCGCCUUUGCCACCUGGUGCGGGCGGACACUCGCUACGGCUUCAACCUACACAGCCAUCGGUCCAGACCUGGCCAGUACAUCCGCCUGCUGGACGCCGGCUCGCCUGCGGACCAGGCCGGACUACGACCUCAGGACCGAAUCGUUGAGGUCAACGGCGUGAACGUGGAGGUGAUGCGUCACAGCGAGGUGGUGGCGUUCAUCAAGAAAGGCGGCGACGAGACGUGGCUGCUGGUGGUGGAUCCCGACACGGACGAGUACUUCAAGAUGAAAGGGAUCACGCCCACCGUCAGCCACGUCAAAGACUACAGCGGUCCGUACGUAUCGAAAAGCUCGCCAAGCCCGCUGACGAACGGCAGCUCCUCGCCGCAUUCCUUCAGGUCAAAGAACUCGGUCCGUAGUAACGGCAGACAGGCCGCCGGCAAAGAGCGAGGCCGUUAUUCGGACCCGUUCGCCGACAUCGGCCUGAACGCCACGGCGGCGGAGGUCAAGCGGAAGCUCACCGCCAAAGAGAAGAGGAAGGCGCCAGAGAUGGACUGGAUGAAGAAAUACGAGCUUUUCAGCAACUUCUGAGACGAAAAAGAAGCAAGAUUGCAACCCGAAGGAUGGAUUUUUCUCUCGAAAAAGCUACUUUAAAUAUUUACUUAAGUCCUUUUUCUUAUAUAUUUAAAGUGUAUGAACAGAUACAAAAAGCAUAAGAGUGGACAAUAAUAACCACUAACUGAUGAACAAGCUGGUUAAAGGACAUGUGAUGCUGAAUGUGUCCAGCAGAGGGCAGCAUUGCACCCCAGGUAUGAGCAAUGUUUGUUUAUUCCCAGCAGUGGUAUCAUCAGAAUCGGCUUUAUCGGCCAAGAAUGUUUAACAGACACGGACUUUGUUCAAUGUGAAGAACUUACUAGUUUAGUAAAAGUAAAGGUGGAGAAUGUAUUUUGAAGGCAGUAUUACAUUGUAAAUAUGUUCAAGAGGGGACUGCAAAGCACUGACACACAACAAUGAACUCUUGCGCAAUAAUUAACAUACUGGUGUUCGAAAACUAUCCACCAUAAAAUGAUAUUUACAUACCUGGAUAAAGGAUUAGGUACAGAGUUUCUAGUCUUACGAUAUGCGGCGAUAUAGAGGGUGCUGCGUUGGGCCAGAAUGCAGUUGGGAUAGGCUCAUGCAGCCACCCCCCGCGACCCCGAGAGGGACAAGCGGUAGAAAAUGGAUGAAUGGAUGGUGUUUUGCAAUAUGGAUUGUCAAUGCCAAUAGAGAUAUCGAUACCAUACAUUUCAACACCAGCGUGUUGAUACCAUAAUGCAGGGGUGUCAAAGUCGAGGCCUACGGGGCCCACGAAUGAAUCAUCUGUGGCCCCCGGGAUGAUAUUUGAUUAGUAUUAGAACCUGGGGGUAGAUUGAUUGGCAACACUAAAUUGGCCCCUAGUGUGUGAAUGUUGUUUGUCUAUCUGUGUUGGCCCUGUGAUGAGGUGGCGACUUGUCCAGGGUGUACCCCCGCCUUCCGCAAGAAUUCAGCUGGGAUAGGCUCCAGCACCCCCCCGCGACCCCAAAAAAGGGACACGCAGUAGAAAAUGGAUGGAUAGGCCACAAUACUCCCAUCAGUGUUGGCGCGAAGAAUUUUCUAAAUGGGUCCCUGAGAGCCCAUCAAGUCAUAAAAAUGGGGUCACACAGUACAUUUUUGGGGUCCCCACUUUUUUGUAAGCGUUUUGAAAACAAAUGAUAAAUGUAUGCAUUAUCCUGUUAUAUCUGACAUUCUAUAUUGUGUUUUGGAAAAAGGUUGUCAUAAACGUUACUUCAUUCAUUAAAAAGAAUACAAAGGAAAACACAUUUGUAUACAUAUGUAAAUGUAUUCAGUUAUAAACAUUCAUUCACUUUCUUCUUUACUUCAUGGAUCUAAACUUUACCGCUGCCGG